CAUCAUGGGGGGGAGUGUAGUGUUAAAAUAAAAGCUGGGUAAACUAUAAAUGUCCGCUGGCUAAACUGUCCAAUGUUAGGUAAUUGUAAACUCAUAAAAAGGUGAGUGGUUGCUAUGUUGCAUUUAAAAAAGGUGGGUAAGCUGUGUUUGUGCUUUUCCUCUACACUACAUCCCAAAUAAUAAAAUCAACAUGGCUAAUGCCAAAUAUUAAUAUCCAUGUUACACUUACCGAAUCCUAUCCGAUCGCAAAUCAAUUUGGAUUUUCGAUAUUACAAUCCUAUUUUUAUCUCAUUUAAGGUUUGGCUGGAGUCAGUGGGCCAAGCAGGUUCAUUCAACAUGCGCUAGUCUUUUCCUGUGUUCUAUUUUCAGUCCAUGAUCGCAGUUAUAUUUCUUACCUUUGUCAACAGACUCCUGCGUAGAUAGACAGCCAAAGCAUGCUGUGGCAAAUGAUCAGCAAGGGAUUUGACUGAACCAACUCAAAGGGUGGUCCAAAAUUGUGUGAUUUUAUUACUCAUCUAUCAGUUGCUGAAAAUAGUAAAACGAUCAUUGAUAUAGGCUGCUUAAAUAUAAUCACCUGAUUGCAGGGACUGUAUGAUGAUAAGCUUAUUUUUAAAAUGACAAAAGGUGGGGUAGCAAACCAGUGGGGGAUGCAUUUCAGAAAUAUCAGAAUCAUAAAUACUUUAUUGAUCCCCGAGGGGAAACUCUUUUGUUACAGCUGCUCACUAUCACGUCAAUGCACACAGGAAUAGAAGUACUAAGAAAAAAAUGUAAUACACUAAAGACGACGAGACGGAGCUACAGCAACAGGCAGCAUGCACAUUGGCGCCUGCGCGCUACACAUUUGCGCAUGCGCAUAUGUAUAGUGCACAUAUCACAUAUCCUAAUGUGAUACAUGUUCUGUUCACAUUUAUGGAUAGCAAAGGCAACAAUAUUUCUCUGAGAAGUAAUGAAUAUAUUUAGAAAAAAGGAUCCAAUCACUCCCUGAACAUAAGGCAAAUCAGGAAGAGAAUAAAUGGUAGAAGCUGAUGAGUAUUGGAAAUGCAUUGGAUGGUUUGAACGUUUCACAGGCAAUGUUGUACGUAAGAAAAAAUGAGAAGUAUACACAAGUGUUAAGGGAAUGAAUAGAGAGAACCACUUCCUGAAUGGAUCUGAGUCUAUGUAACCCUCUAGUAACUUGGGAACUCCCUCUUUAGUAUAUGGUCACCCCAGAUUGCCCCUAUCAUCCUGUACAUGAUAUAAAAAGGUAAACACACACUUUACCAUUAUACUUCAACAUGGGCACAUCCGCAGCUUCUGGCUCUGUCUCAUUCUCUCACUUACAUUCUCCUCCAUUCACCAGCUGAGAAAGACACACAAAUGGUAAAUGGACUGUACUUUUUGCACAUUUCUAGACUUCUGACCACUCAAAGCACUUUACAAAACAUACAAACACACAAAAUUAACAGAAUUUACUGUCUAAUUUACUAGCGAGAAAAAAAUAGACACUCACCACCAUGAGAGAGAGAGAACGAUUUAAUUGCAUAAUAGGCAACCAGAUCCAUCCAUUUUUAAUGGAUGCAAUUCAUUAAAUAAAAAAUAUACGAUGCACACAGCUAGCAGUGUGACUUAAUAGGUAAUAGUCUAGAUUUGACAGCAAGUUAAUUCUUGGUGACACCAUUAUUUUGACAUUACGCCAAAAUAAGACUAAGAGUAGUCUCCCAAUUUUAACUUCAGAUUACAGAUUACAGUGGCUUUUUUCCUUUUCAUUAUCUGUAAUCCAAACGCCAUUCUAAGCACUCCCAAGUAUAAAAAGGUAGCUAGAAUUAAUGCAUGCUGUUCCAUUUCACCACAGAGUCAUGCUAUGCACUAUCGUGCUACCUGGCAACCUACUGUACAAACAACCAUUCUUUACUCUUGGCUACCCUGAUCUCCUUCAUCAGCGUGUUUCUGGCCUGGUUGUACAGGAUUCUAUCCCCACGUCUGUAGGCCUCCUCCUUGGCCCGAUGAAGCUGCCUGAGUUUUGCUGUAAACCAGGGUUUAUUGUUGUAUGUGCAGAAGGUUUUAAUCAGCACACACAUGUCCUCACAAAAACUGAAAAAUGGGCAAAGAGGUAGAGCUGAGGUGCCUGGUUGCUAAAACACGCUCACCUAGCUCGACGUUACCAAGUUAGCUAAGGCUAAGAAGCUAGGCUAUAUGCUACUCAGCGUUGCUAGCUGGCUAACCCUGUGGUAUGCGGUUGCUAGUCUACGGUUGAUACUCGGACAGUCCUCGUCCCAGUUUACACUUGAGGACUACCGUGUGAAUAUCUUCCUCCGUCAGCAGUGGAAUGAUCCAAGGCUCGCCUAUGCUGAAUACCCAGAUGACUCUCUGGACUUGGACCCCUCUAUGUUAGACUCCAUAUGGAAACCAGAUCUGUUCUUUGCCAAUGAGAAGGGGGCCCACUUUCACGAAGUCACUACAGACAACAAACUGCUCAGGAUAUUUAAGAAUGGGAAUGUUUUGUACUCUAUACGACUAACAUUAACUCUCUCAUGUCCCAUGGAUCUAAAAAACUUCCCUAUGGAUGUUCAGACCUGUAUCAUGCAGCUGGAGAGCUUUGGUUACACUAUGAAUGACCUGAUCUUUGAGUGGCAGGAGAAUGGACCUGUCCAAGUGGCCGAAGGCCUGACGCUCCCACAGUUCAUCCUUAAAGAUGAAUCAGACCUCAGAUACUGCACCAAGCACUACAAUACAGGUAAAUUUACUUGUAUUGAGGUGCGGUUCCACCUGGAGCGUCAGAUGGGCUACUACCUGAUCCAGAUGUACAUCCCCUCUCUGCUCAUUGUCAUUCUGUCCUGGGUCUCCUUCUGGAUCAACAUGGAUGCUGCCCCGGCCAGAGUGGCACUAGGCAUCACCACUGUCCUCACAAUGACAACACAGAGCUCAGGCUCCAGGACGUCACUGCCUAAGGUCUCUUAUGUCAAGGCCAUAGACAUCUGGAUGGCAGUGUGUCUUCUCUUCGUCUUCUCUGCACUGUUGGAGUAUGCUGCUGUCAACUUUGUGUCGAGGCAACAUAAAGAGCUUCUGCGAUUCAGACGACAUCACAAGAACAAGAGCAAGAACAGUGGAGGUGCUGUUGAUCCAGAGGAGCUAGCUGAUUCCCUUCAUCGUGUUAACAUUGACAACGGCCUCAAACCAACAGACCCUCUGUAUGGCUCUAUGACCAACAUCUACACCAGCAACCACAGGGAAAGGGAAGUACAUGAGAGCAGACUGACCUCCACGGCUGCUGUGACCUCCACUCCCAGCAACAGCAAGGACUCAAAGGCCAGCACCAACAAUACUGUUACUGUACUGAACACCUCGGGAGGCACACCAAACACUACCCAGAAUCCACCUGGAGCGGCAGCAGGUGGAGGGGUUAAAAGCACUGAAGAGAUGAGGAAGUUAUUUAUUGACAGAGCCAAAAAGAUUGACACUGUGUCGAGGGCCGGCUUCCCUCUGGCCUUUCUCUUCUUCAAUAUAUUCUACUGGGUUCUUUAUAAGAUACUUCGACAUGAAGAUGUACAUAAGCAAUAGAGGAAGAAAGAGCAUAGAUUAUUCAUAUAUAGUACGUGUUGACUGGCUCAUAACUGAGUGCUACAGCUAUUUAUAUAAAUAGCGGUACCCUUGUAUACUUGACUACCUUUAUUUCCCUUUACCUUAACCCUGACCUUACCCUGACCUUGAGAACCAUUCAGGAUGACCUCACUUUGCAAAAAUGUCCUGAUUCUCAAGGCAUAAAACUCAUCAGUUAUCACAAACAAUGUACAACACACAAAAGGAUUAGUAAAUCAAAGAGUACGAACUCUGCACUGGCUGAAUGAUGAGAUUAUUUUUCCUGUCUAAAAUAUACUGACUGGAGAAUAUCUGAAUCUGACAGUGUCUGAAUUCAUAAAUUCUGGAACAGUAUACAUAAACAUAUCCUGCAUAUGGAUAUGUCAUAUAGUCAUAAAGCCACUAUAAGUUUACAUCUGUUGAUGAAUAGGUGGCAAGGAAACUAAUUAAAGAGAAAUGUGACAACGUGAUACAAAAAGGGCGCUUUAAACCAGAAUUAUUACACACAAAAUAUUUGGUCACAUUUGCACAAGCUUUGGUUUAUAACAGAUUCAUAAUGCCAGACAAGCUAAUCGUAGCACCUAUGUGGAACUGCUUCAUUUCAAGUGCUCAUGUCUGAUGAGACAUGUUUUAUUUGGAGAAAAAUCUGAUCUGUCAAAGUCAAAGUGGAGGAUUUCAAUCACCUUUGUCUGUGGUGGGUAGUGACCCAUGUCAGUGUGGUACAUUGAGACCAACUAUAUCGCCCACCUCCCUCAGCAUGGAAGCAAAGAUAGGUGGAGUAUGAGAGUUGCUCUGGCUCAUAUCUGACUAUGCAAGUGCUUGUUGUUUCUGUUACACAAGGAAUCUCAAUCCUCACUCCCUCAGCUUCAGAAAUCCUGUUUAGGGAGCAAAGCCAGUGUGAAACACAAUGAUGAUAAACAACUUCCAAGUCACCUCAGAUCUAUAUAUAUAAGGUAUAUAUAAAGCUGCAUGAAGUGAUUUUUUUGGUAGAGAGACUUCAAGAAGACUCAAUAGUAGUUAAGUACGACUAAUAAAUAUUACUUAACUAACAAAUAUAGCAAGCAGGAGAAAUUACAAAAAAGAAGACUUCCUCAUAUUUGAGCAAAUGUGAUUAUUCUUGUGGUUAUCUUACUGAGCACCAAGUGUGUGCAGCUCUUUACAUUACCUCUUUGCUUAUGGAAUGGUAAUAUAUGUGUAUUUACAGAAAUAGUAUAACAGCAUCAGUCAAUUUAGACUGACUGAUGAAUAGAUGAAAUGAUGCCUAUGACAGACAGACCAGAUUAAAACCAGUAAAUCAAGGUCUGUCGAUGGCUGGUGCCCUGUGGAAGCAUCUCAUCAGCAUACUGUACAAACUAGAUUCCCAAACUGAAAUGCAGCAGGCACGGUGCAGCUGAUCUCUGGCUCCUGGUGGGGAAGCGGAGCUGAGAUCUGGCUGCCUCUAGUCUAUUUAAAACCUUAGUCUUCACUAUGUGUAACACAGCAAAAUCUGAAAACAAAUCAAUUUCAUGGGUAGCUCUUGAGUUUGAUGGGCUCAUAUGUACUCUCCGAGUGUAAUGAACAACAUACUGACUUCUGAAGCAAAUACUGUAUCUUUGAGACCUACUGUUGGUCCAAAGACAGCACAGCCACAUAACACUGCACAAAAACCCUGUGCAGUUAUAUCACUUUCAGUCCAUGUGGAUGUGGUUUCCACUCCAUUUAAAAACUGCAUAUUCUAGGGACAUGCUGGUUAGACCUGUCUGAGUGCUUUAAUAAGACAUAACAGGCAAACAAAAACAUGUGCUGCACCUAUCAAAGCGUGGCAAGCAGUGGAGAAGGAGAAAGAGAAGAGAAAUAAGUGUGAAGAGGGCAUGUUGUGUGUGAUGAAUAUAAAGUGUCUUGUGUCCUAUAAAAGUCAAUAUCAGUCUGCAAUUAGUAAAUAAAUUGGUAUACUAUAUUUUGUAGUUAUACAAUCAGAUCAA